AUGGAUACGGUCAAGCUAAUAAUUAUUGGAUUGCUAUUUUAUUUAGGACUGGCCGAAGUCAGUUCCCUGCAGGUUCCAACGAAUUCAGCUAUUAGUAAUCAGGCUAAGAAAUUUCGACCUUUUUAUACUGAGUUUUUGGAUUUCUAUAAGAACUUUUCACAAGAUGACCUGGAAGAGGAUCCUACUCCAGAGGAUUUGCAAUGUUUGGCUGACAUGGAUAGACUGAAGAGAGGCGUCACUUUGUAUUCCCUUUGGGCAAGAAAAAUGAUGGAUUCUUGGGGCUCAUAUCCGAAUGGACUUUUGUACGGCAAUAGCAUCGACAUGGGCAACUACGAUGAUGGUUAUAUCGGAGUCAAGAGUAGCUGUUUGCUUUCCCUCUUCCUGCUCUAG